AUGGCAGAGCUGCAGAUGUUACUAGAGGAGGAAAUCCCGUCUGGCAAGAGGGCGCUGAUCGAGAGCUACCAGAACCUGACCCGGGUGGCGGACUACUGUGAGAACAACUACAUACAGGCUACAGACAAGAGAAAAGCGUUAGAAGAGACCAAAGCCUAUACAACCCAAUCCCUAGCUAGUGUUGCUUAUCAAAUAAAUGCAUUGGCCAACAAUGUACUCCAACUGCUGGAUAUCCAAGCCUCUCAGCUUCGGAGAAUGGAGUCUUCCAUCAAUCAUAUCUCACAGACGGUGGACAUUCAUAAAGAGAAAGUGGCUCGAAGAGAGAUUGGUAUUUUGACUACAAAUAAGAAUACAUCAAGAACUCACAAAAUAAUAGCACCUGCAAAUAUGGAGCGCCCUGUAAGGUAUAUUCGGAAACCUAUUGACUAUACAGUUCUGGAUGAUGUGGGCCAUGGUGUCAAGCAUGGAAAUAACCAGCCUGCAAGAACUGGCACACUGUCAAGAACAAAUCCUCCUACUCAGAAACCACCAAGUCCUCCCAUGUCAGGCAGGGGAACGUUGGGACGGAAUACUCCUUACAAAACCCUGGAACCUGUUAAACCUCCAACAGUUCCUAAUGACUACAUGACCAGUCCUGCUAGGCUUGGAAGUCAGCAUAGCCCAGGCAGAACAGCUUCUUUAAACCAGAGACCGAGGACACACAGUGGAAGUAGUGGGGGGAGUGGAAGUCGAGAAAACAGUGGAAGCAGCAGUAUUGGCAUUCCCAUUGCCGUGCCUACACCUUCACCACCCACUAUUGGAUCAGUGGCCCCGGGCUCAGCUCCUGGUUCCCAGUAUGGCACAAUGACCAGGCAGAUAUCUCGACACAACUCUACUACUUCCUCGACAUCUUCUGGUGGAUACAGACGAACUCCCUCUGUGACUGCUCAAUUUUCUGCUCAGCCUCAUGUUAAUGGAGGUCCACUUUAUUCUCAGAAUUCAAUUGCUGAUAGUCCAACUCCUCCACCACCACCUCCACCAGAUGACAUUCCUAUGUUUGAUGACUCUCCACCUCCGCCACCACCGCCUCCAGUGGAUUAUGAAGAUGAGGAGGCUGCAGUAGUUCAGUAUAAUGACCCAUAUGCAGAUGGGGAUCCUGCUUGGGCCCCUAAGAAUUAUAUUGAGAAAGUUGUGGCAAUAUAUGAUUAUACAAAAGACAAGGAUGAUGAGCUGUCAUUUAUGGAGGGUGCAAUCAUUUAUGUAAUAAAGAAGAAUGAUGAUGGCUGGUAUGAAGGAGUCUGCAAUCGAGUGACUGGUCUGUUCCCCGGGAACUAUGUUGAAUCAAUCAUGCACUAUACUGAUUAA